AUGAGUCUAACGUACAAUCGGCAACAUCGCUGUGAUUUGGUUCACGAUGAGAACGCAUCGCUCCAUGCGAAGCCUAAACUGAGCGCCAAGUCCAGUUCAAAAUCGGAUCUCAAUGGCUCAAAAAAGGCAGAGCAUGAACUGCAAGCAAUGCACCCAAACUUGUCUUCCAAGCGAACUAAAAUGGAUUUGGAUGUCCAAGAUUUGGUUGCCUUUUUGAGACAACCCGAACCCUCACAUCAUCGAGCUAGAUUUUUGUCGCCCGAUGGAAUCUCAAACAGCCACGGCGUAAAAGCAAGUUUAGUGCAACCUUUUGCUAAAUUGCUGGAACCUGACAACCUCGAUGUUUUCGUUCCAAUUCAUUUAAGAGACAUCAGACUUUUACCAGACGAACAAGUACUCGAUUUGACACCUCUUGAGAAAGAAGUACCUAGAAGCGUUAACUACCCUCCCAUUUUUCGUGAAUACGAGGCCGAAAGGCAGCUUGAGAGAGACGAUUACGAGGGGAUAUGUCUUGCCGUGCUUCAAGAUGAGGUGUCCCGGAUUGUGCACAACCAAGGUCCCGUAUUCGAUAGAGCUUUAGAUUUAAGAGAGAAAGAGCAGCAAACCACUGUAUUUGACCGAGCUCUGUACUUUGUUUUUGGAUAUGACAGGUCCGGCUAUUUUACUCUGCUGCAUGACAGCAACGAGUUUGCCGAUAGGCCUUGGGAACGGUUUUUGCAAAUGGACAGCUACGCAGCCAACUGCGAUGAAUCUGAAUUUUCCGAUUAA